GUGAAGCUGCGCAGACAAAUUGGGGAAAGCGCGCAAGUGAUUUCGACAAGGGUAACAACAGACUAGGGACAGUCGCGACACAGCCACAUGGCGCACUCAGAGUAGCGAUUCGUGCUUUGGCCCGCGCUAAUUUGAAUACAAUUGUGUGCACUGAUCAAAGAGGCGUCUGCACUCGCGACACGGUCUGAAAUUGUGCGGACUCGGCGCGGCUUGUUCAGAGCGUCCUUGACUCGACCUAGCGACCGCUUUGCGGCCGCGAGCCCCGGUGACGGAGGCCUGUGCGGCCUGUGCGGCGUGUGCAGCUCGUAGGCAUGUCGGCGGGCUACGCGGCGAAGCUGUCGUACCGCGAGGACGUGGGGACGGUGGGGUCGCCGGAAUAUGAGGACUCGGGGGAGGCUCUUAGGCGCAAGCUGCACCAGCUCGUGGGCAUAUUCAAAUCCAGCCGGCGAGUAGUGGCGUUCACAGGGGCGGGCAUCUCCACAGCAGCAGGCGUACCGGACUUCCGAGGGCCCACGGGCAUAUGGACGCUGCAGCGGCGGGGAGAGCCGCUGCCUAGCACUAUGAAGUCGUUUGGGGAUGCAGUGCCGUCGCUCACCCACAUGGCGCUCGUGCAGCUGCUCCGACUGGGACGGCUGCACUGCAUUGUCAGCCAGAACGUGGAUGGCCUGCAUGCGCGCUCGGGUGUGCUGCGGAGCCAUCUGGUGGAGCUGCAUGGCAGCUGCUUCAGGGAGCUGUGCCACCGAUGCGGGGCCGAGUAUGCGCUGCUCGUGCACUGCUCGUACCAGCGGUCCUUCGAGUUGGAGAGCAUCGGUCAGAAGGCCUCUCGGCGCCGCUGCACGUCCGCUGCGUGCCUCGCCCUGGGCACCCCACCACGUCUCAGGGACUCCGUGCUGGACUGGGAGGACGCGCUGCCCCCUGCGGAGCUGUCUCGGGCAGAGGAGGAGUGCUCCCAGGCCGACCUCGUGCUGUGCCUCGCCACCAGUCUUCAGAUCACCCCAGCGGCCAACCUUCCCCUGCGAGCGCUGCGCAAUGGGGGGCGGAUGGUCAUUGUCAACCUCCAGAAGACCCCCAAGGACAAGAAGGCAUCGCUGGUCAUUGGAGCUCGGGUGGAUCAAGUGAUGGCUCACCUAAUGGCGUGCCUGCAUCUCACCGUGCCUCCCUUCUACCGCACCUACUGCCUCUGCAUACGCCACUGCCUAACUCCCGCCCAGCCCCGAGGCAAGCGAGCAGGCAAGAAGCUUCAGGCAGCACACCCAUCAUCGCUGGCAAGUGCAAGUGCGGACAGCCCAACCUCAAAUCAGCGGUGGCAGCUGCGUGUGGCUGUGGAGAGCACACUAGGGCCCCUCGCGCCCCUUCCGUCUCUCGACUGCAUCCAGGUGUCCUUCCCUGAUCGCUGGCUGUUAGAUGAGCUCCAGCUCUCAUCCCCACCGUACGCUUUCAACAGGUGGGCUCUGACCGUAUGGCUGGCAUGUGAUUGGCCACUCCGCCCCUGUGCUCUAGGCCCUGAUUCCUGGUGUCUGCCCCUCGACAGGACCUUCCAAUUACAGAUGCAGGAUGAGGAUGAAGAGGAGCAGCAGCAGCAGCAGCAGCAGCGGCAUGUGACACCAUCAGGGGCCAUCACUUUUACGUUCAAUUUCACUGAAGGCUACCAAUGCAACCCCAUCACCCUCCACCAUGCCAUCGCUCCACAUCAAGAGCCAACGAGCACAGCAGUGCGAGGAGAAGGACAGGCCAUGCCAUGCCACAACACUCCGCCACCACCACCAGCUCAGAUGCCACCUACCGCACCCAAGCCAGCACCCGAGCCAGCACCCGAGCCAGCACCCGAGCCAGCACCCGAGCCAGCACCCGAGCCAGCACCCGAGCCAGCACCCGAGCCAGCACCCGAGCCAGCACCCGAGCCAGCACCUGAACCGGCACCCGAACCAACACCUGAACAAGAACCAGAGGUUGCAUCAUCAGAAGAAGCAGCAGAGCCAGAACCCACAGCACCACAUGCAGCAGAGAGCAGAGCUCAAGCAGGGCACAGGUACUGGGAAGGCCGGGCAGUGGGGAGCGUGCGAGUGCUUGAGCAACCACCAGGGGAGGAACUCCCAUGGGAACAAGGGCAGCAAGGCCACACGAGCAGCAGCAGCAGCAGCAGGGAGAACAGCAGGGCUCAAGGGCCACAUGUCCGUCUUACAGAAUGCUCAGCACAUUGGCAGGCACCCAAGAACCACAUGCACACGCCAGGGCAGCAGAGCAAGAAGACGGGUCCUACGUGGCAUGUCGUGGCCUAUGAGAUGCUGACAGAUGUGGUUCGGUACUCAGUCAGUGAGGCUGGGGUAGGGCCCUGUGGGGUGGGUGAAGGGGAGAGGAGAGCGAGUGUGGGCGAGGGAGAGAAAAUGGAGGAGAAAUAUGGCGAAGGCGCAGGUGGGAGCUUGAUUGGGCAUAGGAAGAGGAGAGGAGUGAGAAGUACAAGAGGUACGAAAAGAGGGAGAGAAAGAGGAGCAGGAGGUAAAAAUGGCGUGAAGGUAGAGGCUGAUUGACGGGAUGAGUGAUGGUUGCAAGGAUGGGGCGGGGGAAGCUGGAGAGCUGUAAGGAUGAAAAAUGGGGGAGGGGGGUAAGAUAAGUUAGGAUGGGAGGCUUAAUGAUGGUGGUGGAGAUCCCAUGUGAGGAGUGGGCCAUGGCUGGGGCAGCAGGAGCUGUGAGUGAGGGCACGAUGACGAAUGCAUGGCGGGACAGAUGAGGGAAGCAUGCACGUCAAUGGUAAGCCACGACUGCACCUCCUCAGAACUGCAUCAAGCGUUGUUGGGACGCAUCACCUUUGUUCAGCGGCACUCGUUUGUUCCAAUGAACCGUGGUGUUGUGUUGUGACAAAUGAGCUAGCUGUUCCACUUCCAAGCCCAUACCAUUCUCGCUUGCCUGUUCGCUGUAGUUGUACCAAAUGCACUUGCAAGCGAAUGUUAUCUACUUGAACUAUGCUGCCAUGCAAGUGUACUCUGACUGAAGGAGUGUAGAACAUGAACAUCAUCUAUGUUGGGCUGAGAAAAAGCCCUUAGGAUCUUUCCAGAGACUAAGUCCCAGUUGAAGAAUGAGACUUGAG